AUGCUAAUAUACAAUAUAUACAAGAAUAUAGAUGAAGACACCUAUGCUGCAAUUAUGUCGUUCACAAGUGGCUCUGCUAGCGGCAUAGACGGCAUCACACCACAACAUCUUAAAGAUCUUGUGAGUGUCUCAGCCGGUGACGCUGGCAGGGCUCUCUUGAAUGACAUAACCAAUCUUUGUAAUUUCAUGUUAUCUGGCAAGGUAUCUUCAUCUUUUUUGUCUCAUAUUUACGGUGCAAGACCAUGUGCCUUUAACAAAAAAGACGGUAGUAUCCGUCCGAUUGCUAUUGGGACCACAUUUCGCCGUCUGGCGUCUAAAUUGGCAUGUAGACACAUAGUCUCCAGCCUAAAAACAAAAUUUCAACCAAUACAAUUGGGCUUUGGAAGCAAAGGAGGCUGUGAAGCAGCAGUUCACGCGGCUCGUACUUUUUUAAAAAGUAAUGAGGCUGAAGUUCUGCUGAAAGUUGAUGUAAAGAAUGCUUUUAAUUCUUUAGACAGAGCAACCUUGCUUAACGAAGUUUCAUUACAUCUUCCUGAAAUUUAUCCUUAUAGGCUACGCGAAUCCUCUGCUGAACGUAACCUACGUUUAUCUUUAGAUCGUGAUAGACACAAUGUUUUAAUGGAAACUGAAACAUCUGAGAGAAGACAACUCCGACUACAAAACGAUCGUAUUCGGCACAUAAAUUUUAGGAAUAAUAUGCCAACAAAUGGAACACAAAAUAAUAAUAGAUGGUCCAAUAAAGAGUACUCGGCAAUGAAUUACAGUACAACAAUUGAUUAUCAAAAUUAUCGUAUCGUUUGUAUAGGUUCUCCUUCCAUUGUUUGUCAAUACUGUUCGGCACUGAGAUGGAAAGAUGAGUCAAAAGGUUUAUGUUGUUCAAAUGGUAAGGUAAAAUUAGAUGAAAUAGGUGCUCCACCUGAACCUUUAAAUUCUCUACUUGAUGAAAGUCAUCCAAAGCAUACAGAAUUUAUGCGUCAUAUUCGGCGGUAUAAUAAUGCGUUCCAGAUGACUUCAUUCAAAAGUCAACGAGUAGUUGAAAACGGCUUCAUGCCAACAUUUAAAGUCCAGGGCCAGGUUUACCACCUUGCAGGUAGUCUUCUUCCACAAGUUCCUGACGACCAUAAGUUUUUGCAGAUAUAUUUUAUUUCCGAUCCUGAAGUUCAAGCAACGACUCGAUGUAAUAUUAGUAAUAGUAAUUCAAGAACACCACUUGAUAACUCUAUAGUCAGGUCAUUGCAAAACAUGUUGCAUUUGCAUAAUAGAUACGUACAAUCUUUUAAAACUGCAAUGGAAAGUAUCUCUCUCGAUGUCCCAGAUUACAAUGUAUUAAUUCAUGCCAGCAGGGUACCUGACGGUGAACACCGUGGACGGUAUAAUGCUCCUUCUACCAGUGAAGUAGCAGUUGUCAUUGCUGGACAACAAUUUGACAAAAGGGAUAUCGUUCUUCGAAGCCGCGACGAAAAUCUCCACAAAAUUUCCGAACUACAUCGUUCAUAUGACAGUCUUCAAUAUCCAUUGAUGUUUUGUCGAGGUGAAGACGGUUACACAAUUGAUAUUCCCCAAGUUAAUCCUUCUACAGGAGACAGAGUACAGAAGAAAGUUUCAUGUAUGAAUUAUUAUUGCUAUCGUUUAAUGGAACGCCAUAAUCAUUAUAAUGUUUUACUAAGGUACGGAAUGUUACUGAAUCAAUAUGUUGUAGAUCAGUAUGCUAAACUAGAAUCAGAACGUUUAGCUUUUAUACGAAAUAACCAAACACAAUUACGCGCAGAAAAUUAUAUACACUUACAGGAUGCUUUACAUUCUAAUGAACACACGACAAACAAUAUUGGGCAGCUGGUAAUAUUACCGUCAUCUUUUACUGGCGGACCAAGAUACUUACACGAAAAAACUCAAGAUGCCAUGACCUAUGUCAGGAAUUACGGGAAACCUGACCUCUUCAUUACUAUGACCUGUAAUCCUAAUUGGAAAGAAAUAAAAGAUAAUCUGCAUUCCACCGCAACACCUCAAGACCGAUAUGACAUUUUAAAUCGUGUAAACGUAUUUGGUCCGACACGCUGUCACAUGUAUACGGUGGAGUGGCAAAAACGUGGGCUGCUACAUAUACAUUUGCUUUUGUGGCUGACAAAUAAAAUCAGGCCCGACCAAAUUGACACAGUUAUAACGGCAGAAUUACCAGACCAAGACGAAGACCCAACAUUGUAUGACAUCGUGGUAAGGAACAUGAUUCACGGACCCUGUGGAGCUUUAAACCCUAACUCGCCAUGCAUGCAUGAGGGAAAAUGUUCAAAAAAAUUCCCAAAACCAUAUCGGAGUCAAACUUCAACUGGUGAUGAUGGCUAUCCAAAGUAUAGAAGAUUAUCACCAGAGGAAGGAGGACGCAAGGCUGCUAUUCGUAAUUACGAAAUUGAUAACAGAUGGGUAGUGCCUUACAAUAAACUAUUAUUAAAAAUUUUCGAGGCGCAUGUUAAUGUAGAACUUUGCAGUUCCGUGAAAUCAAUAAAAUAUGUCACUAAAUACAUCAAUAAAGGAAGUGACCAGGCUACGUUUAGUUUACAUUCUACAAAUGAAGUAGAACAAUUUCAAUCUGGCCGCUACAUUUGUAGUUCUGAAGCACUAUGGCGGAUUAUGUCCUUCAAUAUUCAUGAAAGAGCACCAACUGUCACACACCUCGCUGUUCAUUUAGAAAACGGACAGCGGGUGUAUUUCAUUGAAAAUAAUGUAAAUGACAUUGUGAAUAAUCCAAGAGAUACUACUUUAACAGCGUUUUUCAAACUAUGUGCAGAGGACGACUUCGCAAAAACUCUGACCUACGACAAGGUGCCUGCCUAUUAUACCUGGAAUCAAAAUACGAAAAAAUUCCAACGACGAAAGCAGGGGGCGGUAGUUCUCGGGUACCCUGGCGUGAGAAAAACAGAUGCUCUUGGAAGGGUGUACGUGGUACACCCUAAUAAUGCAGAAUGUUUUCAUUUGCGGUUGUUACUCCACGUUAUAAAAGGCCCUACUUCGUUUAGAAGUCUCCGCACUUUUGAAGGUGUAACUUACGACACAUUCCAAGGGGCUUGCAAAGCUAUGGGCCUCCUCGAAGAUGACAGUCACUGGGAGAGUACGCUCUCUGAAGCAGCCAUAUGCUGUUCACCAAAAUCACUUAGGUGCCUUUUUGCCAUUAUGAUAUCGUUCUGCCAAAUCACGGACCCGCAUCUUCUUUGGCAAAACUAUCAGGAAAGUAUGUCCGAAGAUAUACUGCAACGCAGACGACAAGAACUGUCAUCAGAUGAUUUAGAGUACGACCAAAAUAUUUUUGAUGAAGUUCAAAUCUUUAUGCAAUGA